UCCUCUCUAACCUGGAACCUUCUAGGAUGACCCCUUUUACAAGUUUUCUCCUUUUGAACGUUUCUCAUGGCUGGUGACCAAACAGUGCCCUUCAAUUAUAUGACAAAAUGCCUAGAAUGAUUCUGCCUUUUCUGUUCUGAUAAGGGUUUUCAUGCAUUGCAUUAUGUAAUUCUAAUUUUACUUUUUGUUGUGGAUAUUGAUUGAUUUCAGGCUGUCAAGAGUUCCUUAUUGGGGGAUAUGACAAAUUGGGAAUUUCUUUGAAACGUAUCAUCAUGGAAAUCUGAAAGUUGUGAUCAACCUAGUAAUGAAUUCCCCAUCUGAUUAUAACUACAGAGAAUUGGGCAGCCCAAAUGGAACUAUGGAUGGAAAUAAUAAAAAUGGGCAUUUAGUGUCCAUUAAUGGUGAGGUGGAAGCCAAACAUCGGUUGCUUUUGGUUCAGUGGUUAACUAGUCUUCUUCCUUUACUGAACUUCUCGGCAAGCGUCACGGAUGGUGAGUUAAGAGCAUGCUUGAGCAAUGGCACAGUUUUGAUCCAGAUAUUGAACAGGCUAAGACCUGGUUCCGUGACUUUGGUGAGUGAAUCUGAUCAUUCUCUGCCGUCACAAUCAGAAAAUGUUAAAACGUUUCUGAAAGCAUUGGAUGGAUUGGGGUUGCCCCGGUUUGAAAUUUCAGACCUAGAGAAGGGAUCUAUGAAGCCUGUUGUGGAUUGUCUAUUAACACUUAGAGCAAGAAGUUUGCAAAAUGCUUUGGCAGACAAUAUUUGUGUAAGCCCUCGUAGUCGUGGGAGUUCACCUUCAAGUAACCCAUAUUCUCCUCCAUCUUUUGGUGGAGACCAGAGGAAGGAGUCAAGGUUUCAACGUCUUUUGAGUAGCCCUGUUAUGGCAGAACCAUCAGCUUCAUUAAUACACUAUGCCGGUCAUAAGUUCCAUGAGGUGUUUCAAAUAAAACCUGGAAGCUUUGCAGAUCUUCCGGCAGCAAAAAUAUCAGAAAUGAUGAAAUCUAACAGUUUAGAUAAUGCUCCCACCCAAUCGCUUCUAAGUGUAGUCAACGGUAUUCUUGAAGAAAGCGUUGAAAGAAGAAAUGGAGAAAUACCUCAGCGUGUGGCAGUCUUGUUGCGAAGAGUUUCUCAGGAGAUUGAGCGGCGCAUAUCAACUCAAGCAGAACAUAUACGAACUCAAAAUAAUCUUUUCAAGGCCCGGGAAGAAAAAUAUCAAUCGAGAAUAAAAGUACUCGAGGCACUUGCAUCUGAAACUAGAGAAGAGAGUGAGGCUGACAAAAUCAAAGAGGAAGAAAGGCAAGAAGAUGAAUCAGAUAUUAUCAGAUUGAUAUUGCAGGAGCAGGAGGACAAAAAUUUGGAAAUCGCAAAAUUGCAGCGAGAACUAGAAACAUGUGAAGCACAAUGCUUACAGUUGGAAGAAGAGGCUAAAGUUGCUAUAGAUGAAUUGAGACACAAGUCUCAAGAAUACGAGCAUCAAUUGGAAGAAUUAAGAAACAAGAUCAAAGAGGAAGGAAAGAAAGCAGAUGAAAAAGAUGUGAUCAGAUGGAUGAAGGAGCACGACGACAAAAAAUUGGAAAUUUCCGCGUUGAAGCAAGAACUAGAAACAGCCAAAAAAACAUGUGAAGUACAGUGCUUACAGCUGGAAGAAGAGACUAAGGUUGCUAAAGCAGAAUUGAGACAGAAGUCUCAAGAAUAUGAGUGUCGAUUGGAAGAAUUAAGAAAUAAGGUUAAGGAUUUUGAGGCUUCUUCUGAAUCGAGAAAUCAGAAGUGGAGCACUGAAAAGAAGCAAAUGCGGAAAUCUAUAGAUUUCCAGAUUUGUUCCUUACAGAAAUUGAAACUAUCUUGGGAAUCCAUUAAGCAAGAUGUUAUGAAAGAGCAAAAAGCUUGUGCAGAGGAGUGUGGUCGAUUAGGUGUAAAUCUUAAACCACUGGUACAUGCAGCUCAGAGCUAUCAAGUUGUUCUUGCUGAAAACCGGAAACUGUUUAAUGAAGUUCAAGAAUUAAAAGGAAACAUCAGAGUAUAUUGUCGAAUUCGACCAUUUCUUACUGGAAAAGGGGAAAGACAGACUAUUAUACAACAUAUUGGUGAAAAUGAUUUGGUUGUGGCACAUCCUUCCAAAGAAGGGAAAGAUGCUCUUAAAUCAUUUAAGUUUAAUAAGGUCUUCGGCCCUGCCUCAACUCAAGUUGAGGUAUACUCUGACAUUCAAUCCUUUGUUAGAUCAGUACUCGACGGGUAUAAUGUAUGUAUGUUUGCUUAUGGCCAAACUGGAUCGGGGAAAACUUACACAAUGACUGGUCCAAGUGGAGCAACAAGCGAGGAUAUUGGUGUUAAUUAUCGAGCUCUAAAUGACUUAUUCAGCAUUUGUACAAGUAGAGCAAGCCUCAUAGACUAUGAGAUUGGGGUUCAAAUGGUUGAGAUAUACAAUGAGCAAGUUCGUGACUUGUUAACAACAGAUGGUUCUCCCAAAAAACUUGGGAUAUUGACUCACUCUCCAUCCAAGGGUUUAGCAGUGCCUGAUGCUAGCAUCUUCCCUGUCAAAUCACCUUCAGAUGUCAUUAAGCUAAUGGACAUUGGGCUUAAAAAUAGAGCCAUUGGUGCAACUGCUAUGAAUGAAAGAAGUAGCCGUUCACACAGUGUGAUCUCAAUUCAUGUUCGUGGGAAGGAAUUGAAGUCUGGUUCUACUCUGCUUGGUAAUCUUCAUUUGGUAGAUUUGGCAGGUAGUGAAAGGGUAGAUCGCUCUGAAGUAAUUGGGGAUAGGCUUAAGGAAGCACAGCAUAUAAACAAAUCAUUAUCUGCUCUUGGAGAUGUCAUUUUCGCUCUUUCUCAAAAGAGUCCCCAUGUACCAUACAGAAAUAGCAAGCUCACUCAACUCCUGCAAACUUCUCUUGGUGGUCAAGCAAAGACACUCAUGUUUGUCCAAAUUAACUCAGACGUGAGUUCAUAUUCUGAAACUCUGAGCACUUUAAAGUUUGCUGACAGAGUUUCCGGAGUUGAAUUAGGAGCUGCGCGAAGUAACAAAGAGAGCAAAGAUGUCAGGGAAUUAAUGGAACAGAUGGCUUCUAUGAAGAACACUAUUUUGAAAAAAGAUGAGGAGAUUGAGCGGCUUCAAUCACUGAACGCUUCAGUUGGUGGUGUUCCUAAGAAAAACCGAAGACUGCCAAGUUAUAAGAACCUUGAAGCUUCUACGGAGCAACCAAUGGAUGGUCAUAUACACCAAAAUGAGCUUCUCCAUCAAUCUGAAAUUACUAGGGGAGAUAUACGAAGGAAUAUUGCUUCAACUGCAGAAACUUCGGGGUCUGCAGAUUCUGAUUCUCAUGAAGGAUCAAGUGAUGUUUCUGACAAUGGUGUUGUUCCGGGCACAGAAACUGAUGGCUCUUCAGAAAAUUCAAGUCUUACUGAAGUCAAAAAAUCAUUAGAAAAGACGGAGAAAUCCAAAGCAUUACCCAAAAUUGUUCGAACGGUUAGGAAAUUAGACCGAACCCCAUCUCUGACGCCUGCAUUAAAGGACUCCCAGAAGAAGCCACCAGCAUCAUCAGGUAUUAAAAAAAGCGCUAGUAUUGGCCAACUUAAAGCUGCAAAACGGUGGCAGUAAAGUAGGAGGCAUUAGCUGCAAUUCAUUGACUCUGAACAAAUUCACACACACCAUGUACAUAUAAUUGUUUCAUUGGUAUGGUCUAACACUUGAUUUUUAGUCACAUUUGGUGACAUCUUUUGUGGAUAUUGUAACCUAAUGUGUAUUCAUAAUCAUGAGGCAGUUUUCUUGUUUAUAAUUAAGAAACAAUUUUUUGUAACAAAUACUCGACAAGUUAGGAUGAAGCGAAUGGAUCAACUGGUGUGAGAUUGUUCUACCUUAA